AUGUUCACCCUCUACCUCAUUGUACAUUUGUCAUGGUACCAUAAUACGAUGCUUGUCUCGUUGCCUGCCACAUGCUUGCCUUAGACACCAAAGGCAGGCUCUUCAGUCCCAGCUGGGGAGAGACAUUAUGUGUACAGUAACCACAGAUUUUGUCUAUGGGUGAUGUGUCACACUGUAUUGAUCAGACUGUGUGUGUUGUGUUUUUCAGUCGGUGGCCAAAACCGGACGGCUGCUUAUCAGUCACGAGGCUCCAAUCACCGGAGGCUUUGCUGCCGAGAUCAGCUCCACAGUGCAAGUAAGUGUGUUUGUGUGUGGUCAUGCAUGCAGAGGGUUCUAUUGGAAUCCGAGGGGGCCUUCAGAGGUGAGAUGUGGGACGAAUUGCACAUGGACAGUAGGGUAUCUAUGUCUGUGUGGAUGGGGGUUUGGGUUGAGCUUUCUCGGUUUGAAAUGCGAAAUGAAAUUCAAAUGUCUGUCAGUAGGUGUCCUCAGGGUCAGGCAAUAAAUCUGAGCUUAAGAGGCACUGACAUGUCAUACUGAAACUCGCUAGACUUUGUCCAUUGAAAUUAGUAAUAUACAGUGAGGGAAAAAAGUAUUUGAUCCCCUGCUGAUUUUGUACGUUUGCCCACUGACAAAGACAUGAUCAGUCUAUAAUUUUAAUGGUAGGUUUAUUUGAACAGUGAGAGACAGAAUAACAACCAAAAAAUCCAGAAAAAUGCAUGUCAAAAAUGUUAUAAAUUGAUUUGCAUUUUAAUUAGGGAAAUAAGUAUUUGACCCCCUCUCAAUCAGAAAGAUUUCUGGCUCCCAGGUGUCUUUUAUACAGGUAACGAGCUGAGAUUAGGAGCACACUCUUAAAGGGAGUGCUCCUAAUCUCAGUUUGUUACCUGUAUAAAAAAGACACCUGUCCACAGAAGCAAUCAAUCAAUCAGAUUCCAAACUCUCCACCAUGUCCAUGACCAAAGAGCUCUCCAAGGAUGUCAGGGACAAGAUUGUAGACCUACACAAGGCUGGAAUGGGCUACAAGACCAUCGCCAAUCAGCUUGGUGAGAAGGUGACAACAGUUGGUGCGAUUAUUCGCAAAUGGAAGAAACACAAAAUAACUGUCAAUCUCCCUCGGCCUGGGGCUCCAUGCAAGAUCUCACCUCGUGGAGUUGCAAUGAUCAUGAGAACGGUGAGGAAUCAGCCCAGAACUACACGGGAGGAUCUUGUCAAUGAUCUCAAGGCAGCUGGGACCAUAGUCACCAAGAAAACAAUUGGUAACACACUACGCCGUGAAGGACUGAAAUCCUGCAGCGCCCGCAAGGUCCCCCUGCUCAAGAAAGCACAUAGAAGGCCGUCUGAAGUUUGCCAAUGAACAUCUGAAUGAUUCAGAAGAGAACUGGGUGAAAGUGUUGUGGUCAGAUGAGACCAAAAAGAGUUGAUGCUCUUUUGCAUCAACUCAACUCGCCGUGUUUGGAGGAGGAGGAAUGCUGCCUAUGACCCCAAGAACAUCAUCCCCACCGUCAAAUAUGGAGGUGGAAACAUUAUGCUUUGGGUGUGUUUUUCUGCUAAGGGGACAGGACAACUUCACCGCAUCAAAGGGACGAUGGACCGUCAAUGUACCGUCAAAUCUUGGGUGAGAACCUCCUUUCCUCAGCCAGGGCAUUGAAAAUGGGUCGUGGAUGGGUAUUCCAGCAUGACAAUUACCCAAAACACACGGCCAAGGCAACAAAGGAGUGGCUCAAGAAGAAGCACAUUAAGGUCCUGGAGUAGCCUAGCCAGUCUCCAGACCUUAAUCCCAUAGAAAAUCUGUGGAGGGAGCUGAAGGUUUGAGUUGCCAAACGUCAGCCUCGAAACCUUAAUGACUUGGAGAAGAUCUGCAAAGAGGAGUGGGACAAAAUCCCUCCUGAGAUGUGUGCAAACCUGGUGGCCAACUACAAGAAAUGUCUGACCUCUGUGAUUGCCAACAAGGGUUUUGCCACCAAGUACUAAGUCAUGUUUUGCAGAGGGGUCAAAUACUUAUUUCCCUCAUUAAAAUGCAAAUCAAUUUAUAACAUUUUAUACAUGUGUUUUUCUGGAUUUUUUUGUUGUUAUUCUGUCUCUCACUGUUUAAAUAAACCUCCCAUUAAAAUUAUAGACUGAUCAUGUCUUUGUCAGUGGGCAAACGUACAAAAUCAGCAGGGGAUCAAAUACUUUUUUCCCUCACUGUAUAUUAGAUCAAGCCAGUUGAAACUAAUACUCAACCUUGUCUUUGGAUGAAUUUUUGCUCAUGGACUGUACUGACUGUGCUGGAGGUGUAUCCCCUCUCCCUCCCUCCAUUUUUCCCGUCCCUCCCUCCCUCCCUCCCUCCCUCUGUCUAAUGAAGACUCUGCUCUGGCCUGGUCAGGGCAUGAUCAAAGUAUGUGCUGUGUUCCCUUCAGGGAGAAGGAGUGGUUGUACAUAAUGGUUCUGUAAAUGUAUUAUGUCUGGACAGGAGGGCGAAACUAAAGGAUAAUCAGGUCAAAACCAACUGCCUCAGGGCAGUGUGAGCACGGUCCAAUUAUGGAUUAGUUUGACUUUCUUUCAAAUUUGGAACAGCAGUUAAGGGUUUGAAAGUUUCCAUUCGGUGGAUUGGCUGCACCUCACAAACGAUGCCGUGUCAUUGUUUGCCUUGAAAUAAGGUGUUGUCAUUGACUGACCUCAUAUCAGAGCUUCUCUGCUGACUUACAAUGGAUCUCAGGGAUACAAAGAGUGCCAUGGUGAACUCUCCCAUAUUACUGUGCAUACAGCUUUGUUACAAUUAACAAAUAGACCUCGCUGUGCUACAUAUAGUAUUUAUAGGCUAGACCCCUGGGAUUGGACCGUACAGUAGAGGCUGUGCUUACAAGCAACACUGUGACUUUAAGUCUCUGUUUCACACUAUAGACGGAAGUACACUUAGGGAUGAAGCGUUACUUGAGAUACACAAGCAAAACUAGAGUUUCCAUAUUAUUAUUUAUUUAUUGAUUGAUUAACAGUUCAUGCUGCAUCUCCCCAGUCACUGCAAACACCAAACCCGGAUUAUACACUGCCUUUGGUCCUGUAACCUUUGCUGUAGACCUACCACAGCUUUCAGACACGUUGGAAUCAUCCACUCUUUUUGCUCUGCCGAGUUCUUUCCGUUAUUUGUGUGUAAUGGGAAUGGAGUGGAGUCCAGCAUCGAACUCCAACCCAACGCUGACCGCUGAGCUGUGGUAGUACAGGUCCGGGCCUCACAUCAAAGAUGGCCGUCUUCCAUUCCGGCCCAGUUGGGGUUGGUCGAAGAUGAAGGCCUGCGUUUUUCUGCCAUAAAUGCCUUCCGAAUCAGAACCAGAACCCUUGUUUGGCUGUCAGGCCGUUUAAAGAAGGCUGGUUUGUUUCCUCAGGCGCUGUUUUUUCUGUGCCUUCCACUGUAAAACCAUGGCUGGAUGCCCCUUGUCUCUCUCCCUCACAGGAUACACUGAUCCCCUUCAAAAGGGAUGUGUUUACGGAAGAGACCUGUUAGGCUACACACACUGAGGAAAGUGAAAUUAGAUGUCCAUAUUCUGCCACAGCCUGUAGGCUAUGAUGUAUCGCUCCAAGCUCCAUGUUCUCUUUUUUGCCAGUUGAUGGGUUGAAUGGCCACAGCCUAGCAUGAAACCCUCUUUGGCCGGUAUGGGUAUUAAUUCAUCCAUACUGGUCUAUCCUUUACCUGUAGAGGUAGCUUUGAAUCUAAAUUGCAAGGAAUUUCCCCAAAUUUGACCUUCAACAGGAUGAUCAGAGAAUGUGUGAUUCAUUUUUCCUUCCAGGAAGUUGCUCAGUAAGUAACACAGGAAGUCUAUAAUGAACUCCUCCAAUCAGUCUCUAAAAGCUUCAGUGUUGAUGAACCCACUAUCUACAGCGGUCUUUGAACCCUCUGAAACCAUUGUUCAUAUGGAAGCAAACAAACAAAUACUUUUAAGAUCAAAAUCUAGAUGGAUUUUCCAAGAUGUCUUAAAAAAUAAAUAUAUAUACACUCCCAGUCAAGUUUGGACACACCUACUCAUUCAAGGGUUUUUCUUUAUUUUUACUAUUUUUUACAUUGUAGAAUAAUAGUGAAGACAUCAAAACUAUGAAAGAACACGUAUGGAAUCAUGUAGUAACCAAAGAAGUGUUAAACAAAUCAAAAUAUGUUUUAUAUUUGAGAUUCUUCAAAUAGCCACCCUUUGACUUGAUGACAGCUUUGCACACUCUUGGCAUUCUCUCAACCAGCUUCAUGAGGUAGUCACCUGGAAUGCAUUUCAAUUAACAGGUGUGCCUUCUUAAAAGUUAAUUUGUGGAAUUUAUUUCCUUCUUAAUGCAUUUGAGCUAAUCAGUUGUGUUGUGACAAGGUAGAGGGGGUAUACAGAAGAUAGCCCUAUUUGGUAAAAGACCAAGUCUAUAUUAUGGCAAGAACAGCUCAAAUAAGCAAAGAGAAACGACAGUCCAUCAUUACUUUAAGACAUGAAGGUCAGUCAAUACGGAACAUUUCAAGAACUUUGAAAGUUUCUUCAAGUGCAGUCGCAAAAAACAUCAAGCGCUAUGAUGAAACUGGCUCUCAUGAGGACCGCCACAGGACUGGAAGACCCAGAGUUACCUCUGCUGCAGAGGAUAAGUUCAUUAGAGUUACCAGCCUCAGAAAUUGCAACCCAAAUAAAUUCUUACAUUUUAGUCAUUUAGGAACUAUUGUCAUUUUCAAUGGAUGUAAAAACAGACUUUGUUUACUUGCUGUUUGAGGUGAAGAAAAAAAUACUUUGAGAAGCUCCGCAGUGGUGGUGAGUUAAGACAAUCGGAAAUAGUAUCAGAUCCCCAGAUGGGCACAUUUAUAGGCCUACAUUUGCUCGCAGGCCAGGUAGCAAAGGCCUACUUCUAUAUGUAAUCAGGUGCGUGUCCUUUCUCAAGAUUGAUAGGAGCGCUCCAAACAAAAGACAAUGAAUAAAUUGACAACUCGUAAAUGGAAUGAAAUAAACCAAAACCUGUUUCUCACAAGUGUAGCCUUGGUUGUGCGCUCUGCAAACAACGUGUCCACUCCUAUAAUGAGAACAGUAAGACUGUCAUAAUAAUAUAUUGAAUGCAUUAACAAAAAUUACUGUAACCAAACAAACAUUGUAGAUUAGAAAUUAUGGGAAUUAACAGUAAAUGUAGGCCUACUACUGGUGUGCCAUCCCCGCGGCCUCCAAAAUGGAUUAGUCCGCUCAGACAGGCGUGAAUCAGACAGGUGUCUCGUGUGCCAUAAAAAAGAAUAUAUAUUUGUGACUGCUCGACUAAAAAAAUCUUGGUCGACCAACAGCCUAUCGACCAAACAAUCAACCAGUUGACUAAAUGGGGUCAGCCCUAAAAAUGUCCAAAGGAAAUAUGAAAUUCAGCAUUAUUUCAACCACCCAAUUUAAUAUAGGAUUAAAAAUAUUUCUAAUAUUUCUACCUGGAACUUUCAACGCAAUUUCAACAUAUACAGUUGAAGUCGGAAGUUUACAUACACCUUAGCCAAAAACAUUUAAACUCUGUUUUUCACAAUUCCUGACAUUUAAUCCUAGUAAAAAUUCCCUGUCUUAGGUUAGUUAGGAUCACCACUUUAUUUUAACAAUGUGAAAUGUCAGAAUAAUAGUAGAGAAUUAUUUAUUUCAGCUUUUAUUUCUUUCAUCACAUUCCCAGUGGGUCAGAAGUUUACAUACACUCAAUUAGUAUUUGGUAGCAUUGCCUUUAAAUUGUUUAACUUGGGUCAAACGUUUCGGGUAGCCUUCCAUAACCUUCCCACAAUAAGUUGGGUGAAUUUUGGCCCAUUCCUCCUGACAGAGCUGGUGUAACUGAUUCAGGUUUGUAGGCCUCCUUGCUCGCACACUCUUUUUCAGUUCUGCCCACAACUUUUCUAUAGGAUUGAGGUCAGGGCUUUGUGAUGGCCACUCCAAUACCUUGACUUUGUUGUCCUUAAGCCAUUUUGCCACAACUUUGGAAGUAUGCUUGGGGUCAUUGUCCAUUUGGAAGACCCAUUUGCGACCAAGCUUUAACUUCCUGACUGAUAUCUUGAGAUGUUGCUUCAAUAUAUCCACAUACUUUUCCUUCCUCGUGAUGACAUCUAUUUUGUGAAGUGCACCAGUCCCUCCUGCAGCAAAGCACCCCCACAGCAUGAUGCUGCCACCCCUGUGCUUCACAGUUGGGAUGGUGUUCUUCGGCUUGCAAGCUACCGCCUUUUUCCUCCAAACAUAACGAUGGUCAUUACGGCCAAACAGUUCUAUUUUUGUUUCAUCAGACCAGAGGACAUUUCUCCAAAAAGUAUGAUAUUUGUCCCCAUGUGCAGUUGCAAACCGUAGUCUGGCUUUUUUAUGGAGGUUUUGGAGCAGUGGCUUCUUCCUUGCUGAGCGACCUUUCAGGUUAUGUCGAUAUAGGACUCAUUUUACUGUGGAUAUCGAUACUUUUGUGCCUGUUUCCUCCAGCAUCUUCACAAGGUCCUUUGCUAUUGUUCUGGGAUUGAUUUGCACUUUUCACACCAAAGUACGUUAAUCUCUAGGAGACAGAACGCGUCUCCUUCCUGAGCGGUAUGACGGCUGCGUGAUCCCAUGGUGUUUAUACUUGCGUAAUAUUGUUUGUACAGAUGAAUGUGGUACCUUCAGGCGUUUGGAAAUUACUCCUAAGGAUGAACCAGACUUGUGGAGGUCUACCAUUUUUUUUCCUGAGGUCUUGGCUGAUUUAUUUUGAUUUUCCCAUGAUGUCAAGCAAAGAGGCACUGAGUUUGAAGGUAGGCCUUGAAAUACAUCCACAGGUACACCUCCAAUUGACUCAAAUGAUGUCAAUUAGCCUAUCAAAAGCUUCUAAAGCCAUGACAUCAUUUUCUGGAAUUUUCCAAGCUGUUUAAAGGCACAGUCAAUUUAGUGUAUGUAAACUUCUGACCCUCUGGAAUUGUGAUACAGUGAAUAAUAAGUGAAAUAACCUGUCUGUAAACAGUUGUUGGAAAAAUUACUUGUGUCAUGAUCAAAGUAGAUGUCCUAACCGACUUGCCAAAACUAUAGUUUGUUAACAAGAAAUUUGUGGAGUGGUUGAAAGUUUUAAUGACUCCAACCUAAUUGUAUGUAAACUUCCGACUUCAACUGUACAUAGUUCUGAUGAUUAUGUUGAAAUUGGAUUGAUGUAACAACCUGUUUAGUCAGGUUAAGUCAAUGUUUACAACGCUGGUUCAAAUUAGAUCAAAACGGAACUGGUUGAUUUCUUUUUUCAAAUCCAAUGUAUUUUCCACGUUGAUUCCACACACAAUACAAUUACAAAUUAUGUUGAAACAACGUUGAUUCAACUAGUGUGUGCCCAGAGGGCAGUGUGUGAUUUGUCAUUGUUGGUAGUCCCAUUUGGUAAUAUUGGAACCCUGGAGUGACAUUCCCCAAUCUGUGGCUGCCGCUGACAAACUCUGUUUCCGUGUGACAGGAGGCAAAACGCGCAACUACAAAUCUAAACCCCCGCCGGUUGGUAUUCUUCAAUCUUGCCUCCUCAAGAGAUGCAGUCCGUAGUUUGUCCUGCCAUUUUGUCAUAUUUAUAUGCAGACAUUUAUGUCAGAUUGCAUAUAAUGGUGUGUUUUCUCCAAAGAUAAACAGCGAUUUGAGUGAAAUCUGAGUUCUGUGGCACUUCACUAUUUAGCUGUGGUGACAAGCAACCAGACUGUUCUUUCCUCCUGCUUCCAGUAAGUGUAUUUAGAGGAGAUUACAGUUUGGAAUCUGACAGGAAAAAGCCUUUAGUACUGUCUAUGUCUGCCUGUGGAUCGUAGACUGUCUCAUGAGCCGUUCUCCGUUAAUGCUCUGCAUUCUAGACACACAGAUGGUCCUCUAUCAUGACUCUGAAAUGACAGUAAAUUGGGAGAGAUGGAUUAGGCUACAUGGCCUAUGCUACAUGUUUUGAUUCUUUCAAAAAGUCUUAAAGUAUUUAUCACACUUCUGAUCUAACUCUUCAAAAAUGCAGGCCUGACCAGACUCAUCUUAUUUGUUUUGAGCUUCAUCUUCAUGAUUAAGUGUGAUGUCAAUCUGUCACUGAAGUCCACUGCAGGCCCCCUCCAGCCGCCACACAAGUGUCUGCCUGUUACACUGUUAAACUCCUAGCCCCCAGGACCAGAAAUAGCUCUCCACUGAGCAACAUGGCAAGGAAACCUGUUCAGAGAAUGCAAUUAGUCAUCGCAGCUCAAAUGUUUUAUUUUCCUUAGUAACGUAUAUGCCACUGCCAGACAUUGUGAGCGUCCUUUCUGAGCAUUUUAUAUCAAGAAAAUCAUCCACCCAAGUGUUGAAGCGCUAUUAAAGUUAUUUAAGGCUGAGAAAAACUCUAAUUAUGGGCUUAUAAGAUUUUGACCUUACAGAGGCUAAAUUGAUUCACGUUCUUGCCCCAACAAGGUGCAAUGGGUGAAUAGAGAUAUUUGAAUAUAGAAUAUGGGAACUUAUGGUCUUAUACAUACAAUGCAUCAUGCCCAGUCUCCCAGCUCUGCCCUAGACUGUUGGAGGGGACAGAAGGAAAUCUCCACAGAAACCGUUUGGCCCACUUGGCCAAGGAGAGGCAGGCUGGCUGGGGUUGGAUGGGGAGGGGAUGCUGGCUGGCACUAGCUGCAGGCAUCCAUAAAGGCUAAUCACCACUAAUUGCCGAGGCGGAGCAGGGCUGCCUGUUGUGGGCUGAGUAAUGCCCCCCCCCCCCCCCCUUUUAUACACUACAGUGGACCAUGAGCCAUACACAUGAGCACACAUCACUUUCCCUGCAUACUGUAAACCUCUAAAAAACAGAAUUGCUUGUAACACUGAUUUAUGACAUCUGUUAUACCACAGUGGUAAUAGUGUGUACUGCAUAUGUAUUCCUGUCUUGUGGUACAGUAAACCCUUAUGACCCAGAGGACCAUUUUGUCUGUCUGCUAAUUCCCUUUAAUUAAAUCAAAGCAUCCUGAGACCUGCCGCUGCUGGCAAUGCUAAAGCUAUAGCUGUGAAUUAGACCCGGCGGGCCUGGCAUGGUACUGGGGACGCGGAGCCGACACGCAUCUGCAGGCUCUCUGUUGUGUUUUUUACAGCUAGUGAAAUAAGGCGAUGCACAAAGGCUUUCUCAUGGAGCCUGACGUUCUCCUGAACCCUGCCAGAUGUUUUGGAGGAGAUGAAAAACAUAUUACUGCAGAAACAUGCAAAUACAACACAAUGUCCACAGAGUAUGGCUUGCCUUCGUUUAGCUAGGGGUCUGCAGAAUAUGUGAUAAAAGCUAAAUGACUAACAUUCCCUACUCGUUUUUGUCUCAGUUUUCAAGUUUGUGACUGAUUUCUCUUGUGUAGGUUUGAUUGGGUGGGCUGUGAGCACACAUCACAUUAAAACUGAAAGAGGGUAUUGUGUGUGUGUCUAUGAAUGCUAGUUACUAAGACCUUAUGGUUCAUUUGGCUCAGCGAUGGCUGUUCUCCCCUGUGGAGGCUAUUGGCCUCUCCAUCGCAUUCAGAUGCUGUGGGAGGAGGUCAAAAGCCAAUAGAGACAUGAGUGAUUGCUAGUUUUCCAGCGCUGCUUAAACACAAGCUGUGCGUUGGCCAGCUCUGAGCUGGGAUUUUAAAUAAGCCAUUUGUCUCCAACUCUUAAGGGUGGUGGUUGUGAAUCCACUGAAGCUGUUAGCAAUGUUCCAGUGAAGCAUUUCUAGUGUUACUGUGGCUACAGGCAUGACAGUGAAACUGAUUCCACUCCACUGUCUCUCUGUCAAGCACAGAACAGGGGCCUAGAGUUUUUCCUGGUCAGGUUAUGUGGUCAAGAAAAACUCUGGCCAUAUGUGUGUACCGCAAAGUCAGAUAAACAGUUGCAUUAACUGGGUCAUGUUUAGGCACAAGAAGGAUGGAAACCAAGUAAAACGGGGAGGUACUAUUUGAACUUGUCUGACUAGAAAUACUUUCCAACGGUAUGCCCUAAUAAAUACGAAUUGUUGCGAAUACCCAAACACCUGCGGAGCCUGUCGUCCAUGUCAAAAGGGAUGUGAUGUGUGACUACUGAGAUGCAGAGUGAGACUGACCACGUACCUGUUGUGUCUCUGCAUGUCCACAGGAGGAGUGCUUCCUCAACCUAGAGGCGCCCAUCGCUAGAGUCUGCGGCUACGACACUCCCUUUCCUCACAUCUUCGAACCCUUCUACAUCCCAGACAAGUGGAAGUGCUUUGACGCCGUCAAGAAGUUGAUCAGCUACUGA